AUGUCUGCGCACAUGGAACCCACGCGAACCUUUCUUCUCUCCCUCUUUGCACCUCUGCUCUCUCGACACUCUACCGAGCUGGCCCAUCCACAGUUUGUCAACUGUCACACUGUCUUUAUCCAAACACUGACGCUAUUGCAGACCAGAGGGAUGGAGAAUGCCAGAAAUAGGGGUGCGACCGUGCGGAGUUUGAAUUCGACAUCGGUCCCCCCCAAGCGACCGUCUAUUGUUAUUGCCACGUCGGAAACAGGAGCCACACGUGCUGAUGACUCUUCAAGCAUCUCUAGAACAAACGUACACACCGACGACAGCUCUCCUCUGUCCGCCUCGUCGCAGAACAUCACCACCGCUCUCCCUUUCAAACCCGCAAACGUCGUCCCUCAACAAAGUGAACCCCAAGAGCCCUCUGGACCCAGCCGAAAGGGAAAGCCCCUUGUUCGCGCGGGCGACCUUGUCGUUGUGGCUGUAGACCCCAUUCGGACCCUACAGCCACUGUUUGAAGACGACGAAGAUGUGGAGAAGAGUGCCUAUGUCUUGGGGGAUCAAACACGGCAAUACCUUGCGUUUGUGCGCAGCGUCGAACGUUCAUCGACAGCCCUCGCCACGGGUGUACCCUCCAAGGCAGACGAGCAAAACCCCAACGCUCUCACCGUAGAAGAAGAUGCCACAAUUCGAAGACCCUCUGUUGGUUCUACAAUUACGGGUAUUCCUCCUCCACUCAAAACACCAAUGCCGUCGACCACGACCACCAUACACCUCAACCUCCUACACACCAGCCCGCCAACGAGGUCAAGAUAUGACACUGUGGACGAAAUGAUGAGCGUCCCUCUUGCUUUGCCGCAAGGAAAGUCCCAGCCUUCUGUCCACGACAGGACACCAUUGCAAGUGCGCAAUGGGCAGCUCCUUCCCUUUCAAGAGCUCUACGCCCAUACCAUCAUGGAUGCCUAUGCCAUCAUUUCCGACACUCAACCAGUCAGUCACCCCGUGUCGCGUAAACGACGAGGGAGGGUGUCGAUACCGCUUCGGGAACUCAAGCGAUAUGACGAAUUUCAGUCCGCGGACAAAAUACGCGAGUCUACUCAAUCCUCGUCGGUCCCUACAUCCCGACACUCUCUGGACGGUGCAGGACCAGACGCUCUAUCACAAGAAGACUACGACGACGUAUCACCCGGAGAUGAACUCGACGAUCAGUUUCGUCUAUCGACCGUCAUCUCUGCGCUCAGUAUAGGCGAAGAGUAUACCUUUGGAAUGGAAAUUGAAGAUGAGCUAGGGCGCAGGACGCCGUCAUCCACAGUCUCUGCCCACUAUGCUCACCUCCUUGGUAUGGACGGUGUUCGAAGGAAAAGCGCGGGCUCUUCGAAGCGUGGUGGGGGAACGCCAACGCAAAUGGGACCGUCUGCUUGGCGACCUUUGGCAAGAUCACCCUCUCAGCGAAGUCGACAACAACAGCAGCAGCAGCAGCAACAGCAACAACAGCGCGGGGAUCAUCCUGCUGUACCUCGUCUCCCUCAAGGACUUGACAGUGCCACGGUUGCUCGAGUACAAUCACCGGUUGCCAACUCCGACCCAGUAUCCCCCCAAUCUGCAGAUUCGAUACCGAAUGGUCGUCCUUCAACCAGUGAUUCCAUGUCUGCCUCGGCCUCGGAGUCAAGGGAGACAACUUUGGCAUCACAGCCGAGUACUGCCGCCACCAGCCUUCAUUCAGAAGCGAGUGUGUCCUCAUCCUGCUGCUCUUCUUCACCAAACGAGACAGAGGAAGAGACAACACAGGACGAGGCCUCGCCGCUGGCAGAGGACGAGCUGCCGGCUGUCCGUAAAUGCGAGCUAGGGGGAGGCCUCGGAUCGCAAAAACCAGAGAGUCGACAAUGCGCCAUUCACGUAUCCAUCAGCCUUGACCUAGAUACCUUCUGCUCCGAAUCGCCAGAACUGGAGGAUCCUCGACUGUUUUUUGAAGAGCUCAAAAUUCUGAGAGCUCUCGAACGGUCAUCAGACAUGCGGUACAUCUCCCGUCUGCGGGAGAACAAUGCAGAGAGAGUAAUGGCAUGGCGAAGCACUAUGGACCCCGAGCCCACGUAUUCAACGCCCGAAUUGGACACACCUUUGAGUGUCCGGCCCAAAACACCACCGCAUUCCUUGACAGUGAACAUCUUCUCCUCCCUCAACCCGUUCGCCUCUGUCCCUUCGACGCCUACCCAUACCAAUGGCUACACAAACGUCAGUUCUUUAUCUCCAUCCACACCCAAUACCUCCAAGUUUUCUCCAUAUCCGACAUCCCCAAGCAAUCGCUCUUCGUUCUUGCCGUUUGCAAAGCGUCAGUCUCUUGGCGGGCAUGCGCACAAGGAGGUUGUCGAGGAUCUAGACGAUCCUCGUCGACGUCGUGGUAGCAUGCCCGUGAAGAAGACGCAGUCCAAGCGACCGUCGUUUAUUGCAUUUUCUAAGCAGCGGACCUCACUCCCUGCUGGUGCCCCUCCUCUACCGCCACUACCAACCUGGCACGGGUCACCUUUCCAAGGCCAGAUGACACCAGAAGAAAUCAGUGUCGAUCCUCUUGACAGCACUCUCCCCGAGCCUCGUAAUCAGUACCUGAGCAUGCAGAUGGAGAUGGCUUCCCCUGCUGUUAAGGAGACUGAGCGGAGGAUCAGCGAGUCCAGGCUCAAACGAGUCUGGAAGAUUCUCACAUGCCGUCCAGCCAAGUGA